CGAUUUAUUUCUAAUCUCCUAUCGUUAUCUUUUUCGAUUUCUCUCUCGCUCUGAUCCCUGAGAAAUUCGGAAGAACUAGCGAUGCAGAUCUUUGUCAAAACCCUAACUGGGAAGACGAUCACGCUCGAGGUCGAGAGUAGUGAUACAAUCGAUAAUGUCAAGGCCAAGAUCCAGGACAAGGAAGGCAUUCCCCCUGACCAGCAGAGAUUAAUUUUUGCUGGUAAGCAAUUGGAAGAUGGUCGAACACUUGCAGAUUAUAACAUCCAAAAGGAGUCAACCCUUCACCUGGUCUUGAGGCUCCGAGGAGGUACUAUGAUUAAGGUCAAGACUCUUACCGGGAAGGAAAUUGAGAUUGACAUUGAGCCAACAGACACAAUUGAUCGUAUCAAGGAGCGUGUUGAGGAGAAGGAGGGGAUUCCCCCCGUUCAGCAAAGGCUCAUUUAUGCUGGCAAACAGCUUGCAGAUGACAAAACAGCUAAAGACUACAACAUUGAGGGUGGUUCUGUUCUCCAUCUAGUGCUGGCCUUGCGGGGCGGAGGUUACCUGUAAAAGCAUUUAUCACCUCCUGAAAUUCUGGAUUUUCAGUUUUAUUUUGUUGGUGCUUGAUGAAUGCAUGAGCGGCAUCUUGCUUGUGUGGAUGAAUGGAAAAUAUUUGUGCCCAAACGUACUUUCUCAAUUACUCUCUAAUACAGACUUGGCGAUUAUGUAGACAUCUUUUGAAGUUCAACAGUAAACCAUUUGGUCUACAUGGAAGGAGUUUGUAAAAUUUAGUCCCAAAGUUUAUCAGUUUUUAUUGGGGAUUUGGAGCUUAUUAUUUAUCCUUAUGGUUAUACUUCAUUUUCAUGGAUC